AUGAUUGUCUUCCUCCGGUACACGGCAGAUCGCUGGAAAGCUGGGAAAGUGAUCGCCGUCUACGCAGGUGCUCUCGUCUUUACGAGUCUCAGUCGAAACCAGGUGAGCGAUAUUAUGGGAUAUCUUGCAAUGUGUGUGACCUUGACAGGAAUAUUCAUUCCAAUCCACAUGGUGAUAGCUGGAACGAUCAAUAACGCGAUGUGGACCACGUGCACACCCAUGUCUGGACUAUGGUUUCUCUUCAUGACAAACGUUUGCUGUGCCGCACUCGGUGUUGUCCAGCUGGUGAUUUAUUGGAUGUAUCACCCAAAGAAACACCCGCUUUGUUUCGGUGCCACCCUGGCAGAUCUGCUAGAGAAGGAGAGAAGUGAUGACUCUUCUGUCGCAGUUGACAGGCUUUCGAGCGUUCACUCAAACAGCAAAGUGGUUUCAGAGAGCCCGAUGUACCACAAUUUGUCAUCUCCGUUAGGCAGCUAA